UUGUGUCAACACCCGGCGGCUUCAAAUUGAGAUGCAAAUGAGCUUUGCUGGGGCUUUACCGGCUCGCGAUUGCGGAACUGAUUUACCGAAUUGCAUAAUUUCCACAGAAAACGUACAACCCUUUUCAGUGAGUGUGUGAUGUGAAUAAAUAUUAUAAAUCGAUUAAAAAUCAACAAAAAAACAGAAGAAAAGAACGUCGUGUCAGUGCCCGGCGGAUUGAUAUAAUUAUAAAAAGUGAUUCAUAAAACGCUCUGCAUCAUAAGAGCACCUAUACCAAGAGUUGCUUGCAGCAAUCAACAGUUUCGUGCGUCGCAGCUCCUCUUCCAUUCAGAAUUCGUCGGCCGGGAAGUAACAAACCCGCUGCAAGGAUGACUGUCGAAUGUAUUGAGGAUUUGUAUCCCACUUAAGCCCACCCCCUGUCCAGCUGGUGCAACUGCCAGCACAGGGUAAACCCACUAACUGUGCGCAAAGUGUGGAGCGACUGUGACCGUGCGAAGACGAAUACGAUUAAAAAGUGAAGAGAGAGUAAAAAACAAAACCAAAUUAGUGCGAAACGAUUUGCUGUGGGCAAAAAAGGGCACACAGCCCCUGACCGAACCUUUCGGGUUGCGGUACGUGCGGUUGUACCGCUCCGUAAAGCAACGCCAACAAAAACCUAACCUACCUCACCAGUGUUGCACACAUCAUCAACCCACUACUCCCGAACAAACGCUAUUUGCUGGCAAAUGGAUGACGGAGAAUUUUUGGACCUGUUCAGUCAAUCCUGGAAUGGCAAAUACCACGCGGCGGCCAACCGAGCAGGCGACGAACCGGCCGGCAUCGGAGCGGCGGCGGGUGGCGGGACAGGUGCCGCCGCCGGCUACACCAACUCGGCGGCGGUGGCAGCGGCCGCCACCGCAGCCGCUACAGCCGCCGCCAUGGCCGUCGCGCCCAAGCUCACCACGCGGCUUAUGCAGCCCCAGCCCGGCUCGACGGCGGGCGGAUCGCAGGGGCUGUACGCGGGCACCAAACACUUCCUUGCGCACCUACCCCCGAACCACAAGCAGCAACCGAGCGCUGCGAGCGCCACCAGCGCGGCAGCGUCGACGGCCAGCGCUAGCCGUCACGCGGCACCGUCACCCUUCGGUGUACCCCCGGCCGGUGCCCAAACGACUGAUUUACGUGAUACAAACCUAGGGCCUUUAAGAAAUACCACUAGCAGUAGUACCAGCAGCAACACAACCAACACCAGCACCAGUGCGGCAAACAACAGCAGUGGCAGCAGCAGUGGCAGCAGUAGCAAUACCAGCAACAGUCACGCCAACGGUGCGCAGCAUCUGUUGGGCGGCGGCAGUAGCUUUGCGCGUGAGACGCGCGAAUUUCCCAAGCUGAGCCAUCGGUUGCUGCAGCCGCUAAACCACACGCUCGACCAGGGCCCGGCCCAGGGCGGGUCCGGCGGUUCCGGCCACGCGGCGAUGGUACGCCAGGAGGAACAGGACUACAACGCAUUCUGCUCAACGCUGUCGGCGGUCGCGUCGAUGGCGGCAGCCUCGCUGGCGAUGGAGGAUGAGGACCUGGCGGACAGUACGACGCCACCGCCGCAACCGUUCACCGCGGGGGGUUUGCUAGCGGCCGGGCUGGCAGGCAAUGGUACCGGCGGUGGCGGUGGCAGCGCCGGUGACGCGAAUGGUGGCAGUGUGGAAGGUGAUCUCGGCCCGAACGGGGAACUGUUGGGUUUGAACGGUCAUCAGCAUGAGAAAAAGACUCCCAAUUCAAUUAGAGCUCAAAUCGAGAUCAUACCGUGCAAGGUGUGCGGCGACAAGUCGUCCGGGGUGCAUUACGGUGUGAUCACCUGCGAGGGCUGCAAGGGCUUCUUCCGAAGGUCGCAGAGCUCCGUCGUCAACUAUCAGUGCCCGCGUAACAAGCAGUGCGUGGUGGAUCGGGUCAACCGAAAUCGAUGCCAGUACUGUCGACUGCAAAAGUGCCUAAAGCUGGGAAUGAGUCGUGACGCUGUCAAAUUCGGACGCAUGUCCAAGAAGCAACGGGAGAAGGUCGAGGACGAGGUACGGUUUCACCGGGCUCAGAUGCGCGCACAAAAUGACGCCGCCCCGGACAGCUCCGUGUUCGACACGCAGACACCUUCCAGCAGCGAUCAGUUGCAUCACGGUUACAAUGGAAACUCUUCCCACAGCUACACAUAUUCGAACGAGGUCGGCUACAGCAGCCCGUACGGCUACUCGACCUCGGUGACGCCGCAGCAAACGAUGGGCUACGACAUCUCGGCCGACUACGUGGAUAGUACAACAACUUAUGAACCAAGAAGUACGAUGAUAGACUCAGAUUUCAUAAGUGGACACAACAAGGAUGGCUCGCCGGAACAAAACCGAGCGAUCACGCUCAACGAUAUCCGGUUGGCGCGCGUACAGCAAACGACCGCCACCACGACGACCGGUGUCGGACAGGGCGGUAGUGAUGUGAUCGCCGACGGUGUCAAUGAUGGUGGUGGUGGUGGUGGUCCCCGAGGUUUGACACCCCAGCAGCAACAGCAACAGCAGCAACAGCAAGCGCAUCAACCGGCACAAACGGCCACGCAUACGCUCCCACCACAGCAACAGCCGCAGCCGGCUGCGGCACUGGCAAACCAUCAAACCACCGGCAACGGCAACACCACUACCAGCAAUAGUACAAUUAUCACCAUCAAGCAGGAGCAGCUUACCAACGUUGAUAGCCUUGUUGGUAGCUUUGUCGAUUCAACAACCUUCUUGCCAUCGCCACCGGCCAGCCAACAGCAGCAGCAGCAGCAGCAGCAGCAACAUCCACACCAUCAGCACCAACAGCUGGGCAGUGCGGCACAGAUGGUGACGUCCAAUGGGGUCGGCGGCCUGGCCGGUGUACCGACGGCGACGGCCGUGGUGGCAGUGGCCGCAACCACCGUCCCAACGCCCGUCACUGGAUCAGAUGUCACUGGUAGUAGCAUUAGACGGAACGACUGCUGCCAGACUGCGGUCGCACCGGGUGGCACCGGGUCGGAUGGUAUUGCGCACUCCGCACAGGCUCACCAUCACCAUCACCAGAACACGCCGGUCUCGUUCGGCGAGGAUGAUAGCUCCUGCGAUUCGCACACACGAUGGGCCGAAGGUGAUAUCAACGACGUGCUGAUAAAGACCCUUGCAGAAGCGCACGCAAACACCAACCACAAGCUAGAGAUAGUGCACGAAAUGUUCAGAAAACCACAGGAUGUUUCCCGCUUACUCUACUACAAGAACAUGACCCAGGAGGAGCUAUGGUUGGACUGUGCGGAGAAGCUAACGGCCAUGAUCCAGCAGAUUAUUGAGUUCGCCAAGCUGAUACCGGGCUUCAUGCGGUUAAGUCAAGACGAUCAGAUUUUACUCCUCAAAACGGGCUCGUUCGAGCUGGCAAUCGUGCGCAUGUCUCGACUGAUGGAUCUCUCAACCAACUCCGUGCUGUACGGUGACAUUAUGCUGCCGCAGGAAGCCUUCUACACGUCCGACUCGUUCGAGAUGAAGCUGGUCGCGUGCAUAUUCGAGACGGCGAAAAGUAUUACGGAGCUGAAACUGACCGAAACGGAGCUGGCGCUCUAUCAAAGUCUGGUGCUACUGUGGCCUGAACGAAAUGGCGUACGAGGAAACACGGAAAUCCAGCGGCUGUUUAAUAUGAGCAUGUCCGCGAUCCGGCAGGAGAUUGAAGCGAACCAUGCACCGCUCAAAGGCGACGUGACGGUGCUCGAUACGUUGCUCAACAAAAUCCCUACCUUCCGUGAGCUCUCGAUCAUGCACAUGGAGGCGUUACAGAAGUUCAAACAGGAUCACCCGCAGUACGUUUUCCCGGCACUCUACAAGGAACUGUUCUCGAUCGACUCGCAGCAGGACCUGAUGACAUAACAGGAUGAUCAUGGCUACCAUCAGCCGGCACAGCAGCAGCAGCAGCAGCAGCAGCAACACCAUCACCACCAUCAGCAGCAACAGCUACACCAUCAGCAGUCGUCGCAGACACAUUAUCAGCAGCAGUCGGCAAUCGGUACAAUAUCGCACGAUGCUACCCAGCCACCGCUGUCGCUGCCACCGCCGCCGUAUCAACAUUCCUCGUCGGCAUCAUCAGCCUCCUCGCUAUCGUCGUGCGAUCGCCGGGAGGACACACUCGUUGCGAGCGAGCUGGACGAAGCAAUAGGACCCGCGUCGGUAACGGAUAGCAAUACGAGCAAUGGCAACAAUACGUUCAUCAUCAUCAUCCAGAACGAUGGCGGCGUUGGCGAGGGACCCGUCUAGCGGCGUAAACUCUCAACUGAACUGCUCAAAACAACGGGUGGGACGCGGUUAGCUAGUAAGACGCGCUGGGGCUGGGGCGUGCCGAGGACGAACACGAGACGACAAAACACAGACAACACAAAACUGGCGGAACAAAGCCCAUGAAAAUUAGGACAGCAAAUAGUAAGAGCAUAAAGAUAAGGAAGGGAAAUCCACUCACAGCAAAGGCAAGAGGACGGAACGCGCGAGUGUCCAGUUUGGUGAGCCAAACACACACACACACACACACACGAGGAAUGCCUAGUUAUGCACCCUUAGCAAUUGUUGAUGUAAAUGAAUUUACAAGAUUUGUUAUAUUAUUUUAAUAACGCGUAAGUCGAUAAACACUGACGAUUAAGCAUAGGAAAGGAAUAGGGGCUAGGAGUGCGAGGUGGCAUGGCUAGGAUGUGCCGCGUGUGGGCAGACAGCACGCCCCGGAGUGGAUGUGGAGGGGGUGGGAAAGGAAAUGUAUUUUAAAUUAUUUUCCUUUCUGCUUUUUCCUUCUGCUUAUUUUUUUUACAUGGUAUAUUUGUGCCUCGAUCAUGGAUCAUAAUACUGAUCGUUUGUUUUCUAUUGUCUAUUUUUAAACAAGAUUUAUUUCUUUUAUUUUUUAACAAACACACUCACACACACACACAAACGACGCAAGUACACCCCUAUAUACAAACGAGGACUCACCCAAGCGACUGUAGACUGUGUCGUUGUCGUUCCACAAGGUGUAAGAUGUGAAGUUUAAGCACAUAGAAGGACCGUACCGAUGGAAGAAAGUUGAGGCAAGUACACAGACACACAAACACACACAUAGAUACACACACAAACAAUUUAUAAAAAAGUGCAAUGAUCAGUCGAUCAGAAGGAGCAGGCGCUGCAGUGCUCUUUAGAAUGAUUUUGCACAACGGUCACGAGGUGCAGUUUUGGAAUAGGCUUAAGGUGCGUUUUGUGGCACGGUUUUUUGUUAGUUUUGUGUCUUUUGGCCGUUUUUUUUUCGGGCGGAAGGUUGUAAGCAGUUCUAUUCUCUUAUUUCUUCGUAAUCGCGGCUAACGUACAAAUAUGAUUUGUUUUACUUUUUUGUUUAAUUUGUUUUUCUUUACGGAUGGUGAAAGACGAAGCGAUUAGUAGGGCGUUAGGAAAAUUUUGGAACCCGCGCGGAAGAGUGCGUUAUUGCGCCCGCCACCGGCUCCUGUGCAACUGAAUAGUCUGAUUUCUUUAGUUAAUAUAGUCUGUCCGAAUGGAGGAUGAGAGAAACCUUUUUUUGGUAUGGAACAGAAGAAAACGCAGCGUGUGGCGUGUUUGUUAUACGCGAAGCUGUUUUUGGCCACCAAACACAAACAGAACAGAAUCUCUUCUCUUUGUUUCUCUCUUUCGUUUAGGGUUGCUUACCGUGUAUGUGUUUUACCUAUUGUUUUUUACUUUUCCGUUAUAUUUCUAACUGUCCUUUCCUUAGAGUAAGUGACUAAGUAUACCUUUCCUUCAUCCGGUGUUUGCUGGCCGAAGUAACAUUUUGAAACACUGAGUGUGAGUAUGUGUGUGUGUGUACGUGUGACGAAAUCAAGCAAACGAUGAAUAGAUUCCACGUUUUAGGGAAAAAACAACCACCAAAUUCUUAGCCCAGUAAAAUCCUUGUUGGUUCAAGAUGGACGUUCCCUUUUCGGUUCAGUAUUAGAUCGCUAACGAAAAAGGAAUCUUAUCAAAAGAAGAAACCCACUCAAACUCAAACUUCAAUCUGGUCAAAUAAUCGACCCUUUUUGGCAUCCGAAAAGAUUCGAUUGGAGACCCUUUGAAGGAUUUUUAAGCCUAUUAACUGUUGAGGAAUUGUUUGCAUAGUUUCUUUUUUGUCGUAAGCAUUUUUUCUACUGUUGUUUGGUUCGUUAUUUGCUAUUCUGUGUCAUAAUGUGUCACCAGUGUCGAUGUUUGUGUUGUUGUUGUUGUUGUUGUUGCGUGUAUCAGCAAGUAAGGAUAAUUUGCAAAAAGAACGCUUCUUGUCUUGAACCAUAGCGAGAAAAAGUAGUAGGAAAUAAAUAAAGCAGCAACAAAAUCCGACACCGACGACUGAAAGAAUGCUAGGAGAGAAAAUUCAAAAAAUCGUACUGAAGUUAUAUUGAUAAGGUAUUGUAGAACAAUUUUUCUCUUAGCUUACUCACAUAAACAAAACAAAACACACCCGUACACAUCUUCUAGCACACUUUAUGAUGCAUAUUUGAGAGCACAGCGCUGUUAGUGGGGUUUCAGUCGAGGCAAAAGGGCUGCUAUUAAAUCGUACACAUACAUCAAGCAGGCACUGAGCAGAGAAAGUAGGGGAAAAACACUAUCAGAAAAUACAGUUGUAGAAUGUACUAAACCACCAAUACAUUGCCGUUGGCUUUAUUUGUUUCGAAAUCGGCUUCAUGUUUCUGUUUGCUACUCUACUACAAAUUGUUUAACUGUUGUUUAAUUAUAAUCAGACG